AAACGUUUCAUUAAUUUCGAUUCGACCCCUUAUAUUUAUCUAAAAUUACAUUAUCGAUCACCGAUAAAGAUUUGAACUCGGUCAGAAUCGCUUUGAUUGAUUCGCUUUGAUUGAUUCCCUCCAGAUCAAUCUGCUGGGGAGAGAGAGAGGGAGAGUUCGAAUGGCGGGAGGAGGUGGAUUUGUGGAGGCAGAGGCAAUCAUCGCUAGGAUCGAAACAAAAUCGACCAAGAUUGAAAGCUUACUCAAGCAGUAUAAACCAGUAGAAGCUCUGAAAACGGCUCUUGAAGGUUCUCCUCCUAAAACUCUCGAUGAGCGUUGCAAGUCGGCUAAUUGGAUAGUUGUGCACAGAGCUUUGAUGGCGAUAAAGGAUAUUGAGGGGAUGCUUAAUGCCCUUGAUGUUGAGUAUUACGACAUUCUCAUGAAGUACUUAUACAGAGGGCUUUCCACUGGGGACAGACCUACAUGCGAUCAGUGUCUGAAGAUUCACGAGAAACUCACUGAGCGAGCUGGUCUCGGUUGCAUUCUCCGUUGCCUUACUGAUACUCUCAACACCGUUUGAUCUUCCUUAUCAUUGUAUUAUUGCCACCAUUGUAUUACUUUAAAAAAGACAUGAGUUUUUUUUUGUUUGAUGAUAAUACAUUCAUUGAGGAUUCA